AGUCGGCUACUGUUUUUGACGCUUAUUUUAUCUCUAAUUUACCAAUUAAUUGUGCUAAACAAUUGUUAAAACAAUACUUAUUAGACUACAAUUGGUGAGUAAAAAAAUCAACUAUUACUUUUACCUUAGAACCGGCUGCCACGGAUUACUAUAUAUGAAUCACGUGCUUCAACUUGCCGGUCGGCCGUCUAAGAACACUAAUUUUGUCGUUAAAUACUUUUCGUUAGAGUAUGAAUUUAUUAAAAUAUCAAGUAUAAAAUAUCGAAGUCAAUUAUGGACUUUUAAAGAUGAACUGUUAAAAAUGUUUUACGGCAUAAUUAAGGAAAAAACUGUCACAGAACAUAUAUAAACGCUUUCGCUUCGGCGCGCAUUUUGUAAAUGGCGCUAAGGAGUGGUGUCGAAUAGUUGUGUAAUAUCAUCGUUUUUCUUUUUUACAGAGUUAAAUUAGAACAAAUGCUGGGAAAAGAAUACCGAGAACGGAAGUUCAGUAUACUGGGCGGAGAAGAUGGUGGGGAGCAAUCGAACGAUAUGUACGAUUUAUGGAGAACGAUGGAAGCUGUUGCACCUCUAACUCCUCCACUCUCUCCGAAAGGUGAAGAAUUCACCCACACCUUCCUAAUUGAAGAUGAUAAGUGUGCAAAUUGUGUUAAGAAUGGUCAUAUUAUCAAGGACUGUAUGUUUUCUUGGGAAAAAGAUAUGAAGGAUGCUCCGGAGCCUCCUAAAUGUUCGAACUGCACUUGUUCAAGACGCAAUAGAGACUACUCAUUUAGUGGAGAAAACUGUGUAGCUCCAACAGCUGUGUUUCCCUCGUGCUGCAUUCAAGAAAAACCGAAGACGGAGAUAAGAACACCAUUCACUCUGAAAUUUGUGAAUGUUGAAACGCCGAAUAUGACCUCUGAAUCUGAAUCAGAAAAUUCAAUACAAGAGAGUUAUGACACUGAUCCAGAGGAAGAAAAUGACGACGAAAUUGAUGUAGUUAGUGUGACCUGCAACGACGGUGUUGAUGAAGAUAUGCUUGAAAAAGGUGAUGAUUGGAAUUCAAACUCAGGAGCGUCACUCUCAGCAACAGUGGCUGCCAUGCAUAAUUAUACGCAACAAAUGCCUAAAAAAGCAAUGUCAAUGCCACCAUCACCAGCCUUACAAUAUGACUACGAAAGAAGUACACGUCCAGCUCAGUCUAGCAGAAAAAUAUUUAGUUCACCUACUUCUCCCGUCCAUAAACGAUCUAGGCGCAAGCUAACAACUAACGACCUCUAUAGGGUUGCCAAACAAAUACGCCGUGCAAAUCGAAAUGAAGAACGUGGCAAAAGAGCUCAACAUAACACUCUGGAAAGGCAAAGACGCAUUGACUUGAGAAUGUCUUUUGAACAUUUGAAAAAUUUAGUGCCUACUCCAGGUAAAGAACGUAUGUCGAAGGUAAACAUACUUAAGUUUGCUGCUCAAUAUUGUAAGUCAUUGACGAAGAAGCAAGAGACUUUAGAGGCACAAAUGAAAGAAGAACAGGAAAAAAAUAAUAAACUCAGACGAAGGUUAAGUGAAUUACGAAGUGGGAAAAGUUGUUGA